UAUAUGAUAUGUAUAUGUGUAUGUACUGUAUGUGUAUAGAGGGGCCUAACCAAUUGUUAAAAUAAACCAUUUUACACAGGAAAAAAGAAAAUAGUUUGCUUAAAAAUAGAUUAGGGACACUGGAAGAAUAACAAAAUAUCUUCCUAAAAGAGAAUCUCUUUUCUUUUUGCUUAGAAAUGAUCAGCUGAUUACUAAGAUACUCAUGUUUUUUUGUGUGGUUGAUAGACUGAUUGAUCAGUUAAUGAAUCCCUGUAGGUCAUGUUAAAUGAGGGAAAUUAAGGAAUUAAAGCCCUGUGUCUUUCACAUCCAGGAUGACGACACUGGAGAAGAAGCAGCUGAGGUCAUUGCCGUCUCAUCCACAAGAGGAUUGAUGGACCUCCAUUAUGAUCAAGGGGACAUGAUUCUACAUUCAGCUCCUGUGGCACAAUGUCCAGCAUGAUUUAUCUGACUGCCAGUUUGUAUUUGCUUGUUUUACUGUUCGAGGCUGUUGAGUUGUCCAAGGGCAAGUAUGAGAGGUCGGUGGUGCCGAGCUCUGCCUCCCGCCUGGUGGCCAGGAUGGACGGGGAUAUUAUAAUCGGCGCCCUCUUCUCCGUCCACCACCAACCGUCGGCUGAGAAGGUGGCAGAUAGGAAAUGUGGGGAGGUCCGCGAGCAGUACGGCAUCCAAAGAGUGGAGGCCAUGUUCCACGCCUUGGAUCGGAUUAACUCGGACCCGAACCUGUUGCCCAACAUCACCCUGGGCUGUGAGAUCAGGGACUCCUGCUGGCACUCCUCCGUGGCCCUGGAGCAGAGCAUCGAGUUCAUACGAGACUCGCUCAUCUCCAUCCGGGACGACAAGGACGGCUCCAAGUGGUGCAUCGAGGGGGUGCCGUCCAGUCAGCCGCCAUCAACCAAGAAGCCCAUAGCCGGGGUCAUCGGGCCCGGCUCAAGCUCUGUGGCGAUUCAAGUCCAAAACCUCCUGCAGCUGUUUAACAUCCCGCAGAUCGCCUAUUCUGCAACUAGCAUCGAUCUCAGUGACAAGACUUUGUUUAAGUACUUUCUCAGGGUGGUGCCUUCAGACACACUUCAAGCCAGGGCCCUGUUGGACAUUAUCAAACGAUACAACUGGACCUACGUGUCUGCAGUGCACACAGAGGGUAACUACGGGGAGAGUGGGAUGGAAGUGUUCAAAGAGCUCGCCUCGCAGGACGGCAUCUGCAUCGCCCAUUCUGACAAGAUCUACAGCAACGCCGGCGAGAAGCACUUCGACAGGCUGCUGAGGAAACUGCGCGAGCGUCUGCCAAAGGCCCGAGUGGUUGUCUGCUUCUGUGAAGGCAUGACAGUCCGCGGCCUGCUCAUGGCCAUGAGACGGCUCGGAGUAGCCGGAGAGUUCCUCCUAAUUGGAAGUGACGGCUGGGCCGACCGCAUCGAGGUGGUGGAGGGCUACGAACAGGAGGCGGUGGGCGGCAUCACCGUGAAGCUGCAGUCCGACGAGGUCUCCUCCUUCGACGACUACUUCCUGAGGCUCCGGCUCAGCACCAACACCCGCAACCCCUGGUUCCCCGAGUUCUGGCAGUACCGCUUCCAGUGCCGCCUCCCUGGACACCCGCAGGAGAACAUGAAUUAUGCACGCAACUGCUCAGGUUACGAAAGUCUGGAGGACAACUACGUUCAGGACAGCAAGAUGGGCUUCGUCAUCAACGCCAUCUACGCCAUGGCCCACGGGCUGCAUGACAUGCACACUCACCUGUGCUACGGCCACGUGGGGCUGUGCGAUAACAUGAAACCCGUUGAUGGCAGCCACCUGCUGGACUUUCUGCUCAAGACGUCCUUCACUGGUGUCUCUGGGGAGGACAUAUGGUUCGACGAGAACGGGGACUCACCCGGGAGGUAUGAGAUUAUGAACUUCCAGCGCGUGGAGUCCGGUGUUUACGACUACAUCAACACUGGCUCCUGGCACGAGGGCGUCCUCAGUCUUGAUGAUGAAAUGCUCCACAUGAACCUCAGCGACAUAGUCCGCUCUGUCUGCAGUGAGCCCUGCUCCAAAGGAGAGAUCAAGGUGAUCAGGAAGGGGGAGGUGAGCUGCUGCUGGAUUUGCACGGCCUGCAAAGACAAUGAGAUCGUCCAGGACGAGUUCACGUGCAAGGCCUGUGAGCUGGGCUGGUGGCCGGACACUGAGCUGGAAGGCUGUGAACCAAUCCCCUUGCACUACCUGGAGUGGAGCAAUCCAGAGUCCAUCAUCCAGGUGGUCCUCUCCUGCCUGGGCAUCCUGGUCACGUCGUUUGUUGCCUUUAUCUUUGUCUUGUACCGCGACACGCCCGUGGUCAAGUCCUCCAGCCGGGAGCUCUGCUACAUCAUCCUGGCAGGCAUCUUCCUGGGCUAUCUGUGUCCGUUCACCCUCAUCGCCCGCCCCACCGUGGCCUCAUGCUACCUCCAGCGGCUUCUGGUGGGACUCUCCGCCGCCAUGUGCUACUCUGCCCUGGUGACCAAAACCAACCGCAUCGCCCGUAUCCUGGCAGGCAGCAAGAAGAAAAUCUGCACCAGGAAGCCGAGGUUCAUGAGCGCUUGGGCUCAGGUGGUUAUCGCCUCUAUCCUGAUCAGUGUCCAGCUCACCUUGGAGGUCACCCUCAUCGUCAUGGAGCCGCCGGAACCAGUCAAAUCCUACCCCAGCAUCAGAGAAGUCUUCCUCAUCUGCAACACCAGCAACUUCGUGGUCGUCGCCCCUCUGGGCUACAAUGGCCUGCUUAUCUUGAGCUGCACCUAUUACGCCUUCAAGACCCGCAACGUUCCCGCAAAUUUCAACGAAGCCAAAUACAUCGCCUUCACCAUGUACACCACAUGUAUAAUCUGGCUGGCGUUUGUGCCGAUCUACUUCGGGAGCAACUACAAGAUCAUCACAACGUCCUUCUCCGUGAGCCUCAGCGUGACUGUAGCUUUGGGCUGUAUGUUCUCACCAAAGAUGUACAUCAUCAUUGCCAAACCAGAGCGAAACGUGCGCAGCGCAUUCACCACCUCCGAUGCCGUGCGCAUGCACGUCGGGGACGGCAAGGUUGUCUGCCGGAGCAACAGCCUACUCAACAUGUUCAAGAGGAAGAAGAACCCUGGGAACGGCAGUUCUAAUGGAAAGUCUGUGUCAUGGUCUGAACCAGGUGCAAGACAUCCUCCAAAAGGGGAUCACAUGUGGCACAGACUGUCAGUGCAUGUGAAGAGACAGGACGCAGGUUCCAAUCAGAUGGCUGUCAUCAAACCCUUAACUAACACAUACCAAAACACAGCACUGGAUUUCUCCAACCUCAGCACUAAGACUCUCUACAACGUGGCUGAGGAGGAGGAGAGUGACCUGAUUGGAUAUAACCCCCCCAUCACUCCCCCCAUGAUGGCCCACGGGCAGAUACCUGCUUGCAGGCUGAUAAAAGACGUGGGCGGGGAGGUGGGGGUCUUUACCCAUGAGUAUCUGCAGAAAAACACGAUUUUCCCCCAACAUGUCAUCAUGGACCACCUGCAGGAGGAAAUGGUGGUGAGCAAAUUCACCAGUGACGUCCCGGAGCUCAACGAUAUGAUAGGCAUGCCUGAGGCGGUGAGCGGCGGCAUGCCCGUGUACCACCAGGCCCACCUCAUCCAGCGGGAGCCCCUCCUGCCCCUGCACCUCGACCCAUUCGACGAGGAACCCGCCUCCCCUCUGGAGGAGGACGGGAUGGAGAACGAGCACUUUGGCCUUCUCCACGGCUACAUGUACAACAACGCACACAUUCACGACGAGGAGGACCUGGUGGAGAUCAAAUUAGCGAUGGAGGAUUCUCUGGCUCUGAUGCCUCCCUCCCCCUUCCGAGAUUGCCCCGUUCCCCCGAUGAGCCCCUUCCCAAAUUCGCCGGUGUCCGAGUCGAUUCUGUGCAACCCCCCAAAUGUGACGUACGCCUCCGUCAUUCUCAAAGACUUCAAGCAGAGCUCGUCCACUCUGUGAGGGCAGCGAUUACCAGUUGUACAAUAUUAUUGCGUUUAUAAUGACUUGUGCUGUAUGAUACAUAAGGAAAAGGUAAACCGGGGUCGGAUGAGUCCGUUUCACUCUAUAACUUCAUAGCUUUGACAGGAUAAGGGUGAACAACUUGGCGCCACAUUUUUAACUUCUUUUAGAUUUUAGAUGAAAGUAUUUGCUGAUUGCGAACAUAUAUUUCUACACCAACAUAAGCUUUUAGGGUUCAAAUAGAAUUACUUCUCAUGAGACCAAUAAUUAGGAUUGUCUUUGUGUGUACUUUGGUGAAUUAAUGCCAUUUAAAUAGAUUAAUUUGAUAAAUAUAGUACCUGAUGUAACAAUCAGAUGAGUUUCUUGAUUUUAAACAGAGUUAUUGGUCAAUAAAGUUUGUAUGUAUUAAAUAGAAACAAUUACAUUUCAAGAUAAUGCGUUUUAUGCUACACAUUGUGCGUUUUUGUGAUUUAUCGGGAAUUAAAGAAAUUGAAAGUUGUGAAGGAAUCUUUUGAAAUUUUGGGAAGAUCGCAUAUUUGACCAUCUGACCAAAAACUAUUAUUGUACAGCCAACAGUAGUAUGACUCUUCUCAUCUAAAUAAUUUAAUACAAAAAUUUAGUGUAUUUCCCUGAAUAUAUCAAACUACUUCUUUGAGCUGUGCAGGAUUAAGAUUUUCACCUGUGAGAUAAUUUACAAGAUUUCUUGUAAAAAAAUAUUGUCUGUGACUUUUUGAUGGAUGCAGCACUGCCAGACGAGUGCACUGACUGUAUCACGAAUGUAGCAGAGGACGUUCAAGUGCCACAUUUUCAUUACGAUUUGUUUUGUACGUUUAUGUCAUUUCUAUGUUCUUGAAAUGCAAUUUCAACUUUGUAUCUUUUAUAAUUAGACGUCAGAUUUCAUAAAUGUACAAAUAUAUGUAUAAGCUAACUGAUAUACAUAUGUAUUGUGUGAAUGUAUGACUUGUGUAUCAUAUUUUGGUAUUCAGAUUAUAUGCGUUACAGUAUUAGAGAUAACUCAUUAGCUGUGUAUGCUUAUAUUGUGUGAUUGGCGCUGUAGAUCAAUCAGUUUCCUAAAUAUUUAGACUUAAACAGCUUAUUGAAAUCGUAUAAUGUGAUAUAGGGCUAUUGUUGCUAUUGUAUUAUUCUCAGUAAGCUCCUAAUAUGCAGCCUGAUACAGUAGCCUAUAAACGAUAUGGAUUAAGUCUGCCAUUUUAAACAUAUAGUUACUGUAGUGCAUUUGAAGGAAACUUAUUUGACUAGAGUAAAUUAAAUAUUUGUAUGCC